UGAAGCGCAGGCUAUGGAUUUUGCUCAGCUUGGAAUCGGCAUUGCGACGAGGAUCAGUGCCACGAGCUUCGCGUUGCCAGCGAUCGCCAAGCCCCUGCCAUUGCCGCUGUCGCUGCCGCCGCCGCCGCAAUUCGGGAGAUUUUCGGAAGUCUGCCAAGAUCGUGGGGAGCGCUUAGGGUCAAUGUGGCGCUUCCAGGAUCCAGAUCGGGUCUUUGAAGGUGGGCACGCUUGAGCAUGCCUCCGAAAAAGAAAGGCAAAAGAAAGAAGAAGAAAGCACCCGCGUUUUACACUGACAUUGAUGAUCUUCUACCUUUUGGCGUUGUCCGGGCUAAUGAACUUAUCACUACUGCUCUUGGAAUCCAAGCAACAGUUCUUGGUGUCAAGUACAAAGUUAAAGGGGACAAAGACAGUGGUCGCCUGUGGGUCCGAUACAAGUGUGGAUAUCAGUGUCCUCUGGAAACGCAGCUUGAGCAGCACAAGAGGUGUUCCGAAGGAGCUAAUGUCUGGAAACCUGUGGCUGAGCUACAAGAGAAGCAACGAAAGGAAGACGAAGUACGUGCCAAAGUCGACGAUCUGAACCGGAAGUACCGCGCAGAGCAAGAGGCCAAGAACAAGAAGAAAAAAACCAAGCCAAAGAAACCAAAGCCGCCAGCUGAUGCGACGGUGCCAUCUCCGGCAGCUCCCGCUGCUACCCGGGCGUCAAUCUCCAAAACUCCCACUGCUACCAGGGCGUCCAUCUCCAAAACUCCCGCUGCUCCAGCGAGGCCAUCGAUUUUCAAGCCGCCCCCAGCGAAAUCAGCAGCCGCAGCAGCGCCUUCUCGUUCCAGAAAGUGACGAGGUGCGUGAAAGUUUCGGUGGAAUUUGUUUCUUUUUCAAGCAGAUAGCAGAAUCGAAAGAACCAACGAGCGAACGGCCUGGAUCGAUUGACAGAUUGAUCGAGAGGUGGUGGCCUACCAGCCAUGCCGUGAAGCUUUCUAAGCAGUCCGGCUUUCUAGUGCGUUGACAGGACACUCGCCACUGAUCGAGACUGUGAUCUUCAAAUGUUUCAUAAAGAGAAACAAACUUGCUGUUCUAUGAAGAAAAGAAAAACUCGUGCCAUUGACAAG